UUAGUUAAUCAGAAGUUCUGUGCACUUGAGGUCCUCACACCCACUUGAACCAAAUAAAGGAAAUACGUCAUGUAAGUAGACAAGAGAUCAGUGCAAAGACUACAAAGUGUGGGUAUUGUGACCAGCUCAAAUGCAAUGUGGUGAUCUGUUCACAAACCACUUUGUACUCGAUUCAAGCCUGUAUUAGAGCUGGCCACUUGUGACCAGAUCAUGAAAUGCAUAUUAAUACCAGAUGGAAAGGCUUUAAAAGUGAAUCAGUUCCUUUGCUUCUUUUAAAUCAAAAGUCUUAAAGUAGACAUGUUUUUCUUCUCUGAUGCUGUCUACAUUUCUGGCCAGAGAUGCUUUCUUUCUUUUAUCCUGCUAUCCUGUUCCACUGUUAUCCUGUUUACUAUACUGCUUUUUAAAUUACACAAAACCCCCAGCCGCAUGCUGGUGCAAACUCAUUUUUGAAGGCAUUUUAAAGAGGAAGUACAUGAAAAGAGGAAGGGUGCAUUUUGUACAUUGUUACUUGUAUGCUGCUUCUGCAGUUUGAAAAACUAACGCUUCUGAGAACAUCGUGAAGGGGUUGACUUGAGAAAACGAUUUGUGGAACACAUUUAAAAUGCAUAUCAUCUCACGCUGUACAAUCCUCUUUAUUUUGAUAUGUUGUGUACAGGCAAACAACAAUGACAAAAGCAACAGCAAAAACAAAGACUGGAACAUCUCCUUCAAUCCAGCAGAAGUUACUGCGGUUUCAGGAUUAUGUGCUCUCAUUUCAUGUACCUUCACUUACCCAGAGAAAGCUCAACCUAAAACUGUUCAGAUCAAUAAGUGUAUAGAUCCAACUAAAUGUAAGAAUGUAAUUGAGAUACAAAUCGGAGGAAGAAAGCUAAUUGAAACAGAACAGAUUAAGUGGCUUGAACCUGAUCAUACCAAAAACAACUGCAGCAUCAUCAUCAAAGAAAUAAAAGAAGAUGAAAGAGAAUAUAAUUUCAAAUUUGUGAAGCAAAGCGAAACUUUACAUAACUCUAGUGUCAAAAUCAUCAUCCAAGACAAACCUAAAAUGAACAAUCCAGAUCUCAGUGAAGGAGAGGAGACCAAUCUGACAUGUUCAGCUCCUUUUCCUUGUCCUGGAGCUCCUCCUGUAAUAACAUGGUGGAUCAAGAAAAUAGGGGGAAACAUCAUUUAUCUAAAGGACAACAUCACUCUGAACACCUCCGAAAACCUUUACCUCUCAACUUUGACCUUAACUCCAAGCUCUGACCUGCACAAUGGCACUGUAGGUUGUGGCGUGAGCUACGGAAACAAAAACAUCAGUACAAGAAGGACCCUCAAAGUCAAGUAUGUAAAGACUCUUCGAAUUCUGGGUAAUAGCAAAGUGAUGGAAGGUGACACUCUCAGCCUGAACUGCACUGUUGAGAGUCACCCACCAUCAUCUGAUCCUGUAUGGAGUUUCAGUGGAACCACAGAAACAUUCAUGAACCAAACCUUUGCUGGAUCUUUAAUGAUAACCAAUGUGAGAAAGGAGCAUGCUGGGGUUUACGGCUGUACAAGGACAUAUAGGAACAAGACACUGAAUGCAUCCUUCACUAUCAGUAUCAUUAGUGAUACAAAUAAAUCGAAAGUGAAGGAGUCCUUCAGUCCUGGAAGUAAUAACACCGCACCGAAUGACACCAGAAAUACUACAGUUCAAGGUAUAAUAGAAGAUUUCUUGAAGAAUUGGGACACCUCAAAAAUACUCACAUUCGUGGCGGGAAUGUUGUGUUCGGCGCUCAUCUUCUCAGUGGUUUUGUGUUGUUUGGUGUCUUGCCACAGAGGCAAAAAACACAAAGUGCCAACUGCAAAUCCGGACACUGAAGUCAAUUUAGAGAUGGUGCCGACAGAUGCUGCUCAGACUGGAACCAAUGAGGAAACACCUCUUCAUGGACAGCUUAAUGGUGGGAACCCAAACACGGCUGGACCUACAGACGGAGCAGAGGAGAACGAAGCAAUUGGGAUGGAUGCAAAAGAAACUGACUAUGCCAGCAUCGAUUACUCCCUUUUAAAGAACAGAGCGCCUGAGGAGGAAGAGAAGGAACCUACUAGCACAGACUACGCUGAGAUCAAGAGGGAUAAGAGAAGAGAUGAAAAGGAAAGGGCAGUCCUUCGGGAUGGAGAUGACCAGAUUGAAACACAAGACCAGAUGGAGGGAGAGGAGGAACUUUAUUCUAACUCACAGGAGCUGAAAUUUUAAGGAACUACACCCAACAAUGUUACAAUCUGUAAGAUCAUUUUUAUAUAUUAAGUUCAGAUGCUUAAGAAGUAUAGAAUGUAUUAUUUUUGAGCUUUAAUGUGUUUAGCAUUAAUAGUUGGUUAUUGCAACGUAUGAAAUUUCAAUAGAUUAUACUCCAACAUCUGUAUAUAUAUAUGUAUUUUUUAAUUGUGUGGAAACAUUUAUGUCCCAUUUUUUCAAGUUAUUAUUAUUAUUUUUUUUUCUGUAUUAUAUGAAUUUAAGGAUGUUUCUGAGCUUUCUAAAACUGUUGCAAAUUAAUUUGAGUAAAUUAAAUAAAGUUUCUGAUAGUUA